AUGUUACUCUUUUCAUUGUCACUUUCACUUCAAAUUCUAAUAAAUCAUCAAAAAUUAAUCAUCAUUUCAUCAUUUAGUUUUAUUACUAAUAAAAAUAUUCAAUUGAUUAUUCAAAUUGAUCGAUUUGAUUUGAUUCUUAUGAUUUAUUCAUUAUCAAAUUCAAUUACUUGCUUAAAUAAACAAAAUUUUAAUCAAAAUUCACAUGAUAUUAAUAAAAAAACUAAAUUGCUACAUCGUUUAAUACAAAGUUCAACUGAUAUAACAACAAAUAAUCAUUAUUCAUGUGUAAAUCGAGAUAAUUCUCAAAGAAAUAGUGAUGCUAUUCGUAUAGAGAGUGCUCUUAUGACAAGUGACUAUUCUCAUUCAAUAGUACAUGUAUCACAAUCAAUUACAAAUAUUAAUAUAAAUAAAACAAUAGAUUUAAUAAAACGAAAUGGAGCUGGAGAUGAAAUUCUUUGUUUACAUUCCGAUGAUAAACAAAUCCAAAUUUCUCCUAUAACAGAUAAUAAUCAGUAUUUAACACUUGAACAAGUACCAAUAUAUAAUCGACGAACAGUACAAUUUACAUCUAAACAAUUGAUUUUCAUAAGUUUUAGUGUAUUUCUAUUCGUUAUUUUACUAUGUUUAACAACGAGUUUUUUUCUUUAG